AUGGCAAAAGCUUUCCCUGGAGCCCCCUUAACGAAAAAGCCUGAGGGUACACGGGGAGCUUUCGAAUAUCCUCCCCUACCGGACGCAGGCUCCGGUAGCUUACGACUCAUACAGAUAGAGUCCGGCCAGGGACUCGGCUCUCAAGAUGGAAUAUACUGCACGAUGAUAUGCACGCAAUCAUGGAGAAAGAAUAUGAAAUAUGAUUGCCUGUCUUACUGCUGGGGUGAGGGAGGCAAGAAGCGACAGAUUUUCGUCAGGACAUCGGAUGGGCCAGAUUCACACUAUCAGCCCUUCCUAGUCACGGAGAAUUUACUCAGCGCUUUGACGAGCCUUCAGGAAACGCACGCCGCGAAAUGGCUCUGGAUUGACGCAAUCUCAAUCAACCAGGGCGAUCUAGCUGAAAGAUCCGCUCAGGUUGCCAUGAUGAAGGAAAUUUAUAGCAGAGCCGCAAGCGUCAUCAUCUGGCUUGGGGAAUGCACUGCUACACUAAACAAAGCCUCAUCCAUUAUCUCGUCGAUUGCAAUUCGUUUCCGGGACGAUACAACCCGCACGGCCGAGUCCAUCAUUGGAAAUGGAAGCCUAGCUCUGUCUACUUCGGACAUUGGCUGGAUGGAACAGUAUACAUCGAGGCAACUUCCAGAAGCCGCCGUGAGAGAAUCAUAUGAGUGUGUAGCCAACUUCUUCUCUCUGCAAUGGUUUCGCAGAGUUUGGGUUCUUCAGGAGGCCUUCUCGAAUAAGAAAAUCACAGCCCGACUUGGUCAAUUGUCGCUGCCCUGGGGCUCCAUCCUCCUAGCUGCUCUCUGGCAGUCUUUUCUUACUCGCAGGUAUACGACAUACUUAGGCAGAGCUGAAGACGAUGGUGGCCAUCAAGGUGCCGGUUACCUUCCUGAACUCUGGUUUGGGCUGCUCCACAACAGAGCACCGAGGGGCUUGUCUAUGGUAGAACUUGUCUGCCGCGCUCGAGACUUCCAAGCGUCCGAUCCCAGAGACAAGUGCUUCGCGCUCCUCGGACUCGCGAACGACAUUACCAGCCCCAAUUCUCAGACACCUAACAUGCGCCCUGACUACUCCAAAUCCAAGGUGGACGUGUACACUGGAUUUGCAAGGGAGAUGAUCUUGAUGAUGGACAAUCUCGACAUCUUAUCCGCCGUCGACACAUUCUCCGUCGGAAGGCCACAGAAUGACAUCAUCUCGUGGAUGCCUGACUUCGAUGUCUGCAUCGCAACAAUCCGUGGUCUAGGAUUCCCAAGGAAAUACAACGCCGCGUUCUCAACCGCAGUAGAUCACUCCACGGUAACCAACAACUCUCCCGGCAGCACGGCGUUGAGCCUCUCGGGGUUCAUCAUCGACCAGGUUGGUCCUCAAAUGACAAGCGUUUUGACAAUGGGAAAGGACCUCAACCUCCAUGCCGACACCGAAGACGCCUUGAUGACCAUCUGGGAAAAGCACCUCUGUUCACAUCGUCAGGGUAGCGCCGAAGAUGCAGUCCUGCAGUCCUACAUACACACACUAACGGCCGCGGGAUUCGCUCUGUAUACCGACUUCCGAGCUUACCCGCUGGGAAAGGUCGUACCCUCCCGCGAGGUCCCCUCCCUAGUCGCCGACUUUGCGGCGUACUUCGCCCGCAUCGACCCAGCCUUCGCUAGCCUCCGCAAUGCCUCUCAUCUCCGUAGGCUAGUUGAACGAGGCGACCCGGACCAGUUCGCCGUGCUGGCCGGCAAAGCAUGCCAUGAGCGCAAGUUCUUCAUCACGCGCGACGGACGGAUGGGUCUCUGCCCCCGAAACGCGCGACCCGGAGACGCUAUUGCGAUUCUCUAUGGAGGGAGUGUGCCCUAUGUGCUGCGAGAGCUGGGCGAGGGGAAGUGGUACUUCGUGGGCGAAUGCUACGUCGAUGGGAUGAUGUUUGGGGAGGCGGAGGAGCUAAAGAGGACGAGAGGUAUUCAAGACCAAGUCUUCAACAUAGCAUGA